CGCAACUGUGUCAGUCAACCUUCCACGGAUAUAAAAUGUAGGCAACGAUGGGAUGUCCAGCCAUCCGUCCACCCUUUCAUUCAUAUGCAUCCAUGCACUGCACAUCCAUGCACUGCACGAUCUGCUUCAUCCGUCCAACAAAGGCGAAAAUCCCGACGAAUAUAAAAUGUAGGCGGCGAUAUGAGAUCACCUGAGACGACACACAAAAGGGGGUGACAUAAACCGACGUCUGACGCAUCACUCCCUUGACGCUCUGUACAUGCAGUUGCCUGCAAACAUGCACACACCACACAGCGACAUGCAAAGUCAGUCAGCCACCCAUCCGGCUAUCUGUAUGAGCGAGCGUGGCGUGUCAUCUCCUCUGAAUGGCUUGUCGUCGCCUGUCUGCUGGGGCUCUUAGGCUACCCCUUCUCUCCCGCCAUGUACUGUGAUGCGAUGAUGCGGUUUGUAUGUGUGUGUUCAUCUACGUGUGGCAGCCGUCGUCCUCCUCGACGUCCUCGUCGUGGUGCUCCUGAUAGUGCGCCCCCAUCGCAUCGUGCACGCGCUCCGCCACCGCUUUCUCGUCGUCGGUUGCCGCGCGGAGCACGUGUCUGCACACACAUCCAUCCACACGUAUAGCCACGGCACACAUGUGAUGCAUGGGUGCUCCGUGUGUAUGCGUGGCGUGUAUGUGUGUGGUGUGCACGUCAGUCACCGGUCGAAGUAGUGACGGUCGGCGCUGCCGCCAGGGAGGGCCAGCUUGGCAUCUAUCAUGGUGGGCGCGCGGACCGUCUCGAUGACCGGGUCCUCCUGUUCCACCGUGCCGAUGAGGUCUCUGCCGCCGGCGAUCCUCCUGUGCCGCCGUGUCCUUGGGCGGGGCGUCGUUGAAGGUCUUGCCGACGGACUUGCUCGACAUGCCAUGGCGGAACCACCCCAGUGGCCCUCCAGCUGUGUAAACAGCCAGAAGGAUGGAGAUCUGUGUCUCUGUGUGGCGCUCUG